AUGGGCAAAGAAAAGGUUCAUAUCAACAUUGUGGUCAUUGGCCAUGUCGAUUCUGGAAAAUCAACUACCACUGGUCACUUAAUUUACAAGCUUGGAGGUAUUGACAAGCGUGUCAUUGAGAGGUUUGAGAAAGAAGCUGCUGAGAUGAACAAGCGUUCAUUCAAGUAUGCCUGGGUUCUUGACAAGCUCAAGGCUGAGCGUGAAAGAGGUAUCACAAUUGAUAUUGCUCUGUGGAAGUUUGAGACGACUAAGUACUACUGUACUGUCAUUGAUGCCCCUGGACAUAGGGAUUUCAUUAAGAACAUGAUUACUGGUACUUCCCAAGCGGAUUGUGCCGUUCUUAUCAUUGAUUCCACUACUGGUGGUUUUGAGGCUGGUAUUUCGAAGGAUGGACAGACCCGUGAACAUGCUCUCCUUGCUUUCACUCUUGGUGUCAAGCAAAUGAUCUGCUGCUGUAACAAGAUGGAUGCCACUACUCCCAAGUACUCGAAGGCUAGGUAUGAUGAAAUUGUGAAGGAGGUUUCAUCAUAUUUGAAGAAGGUUGGCUAUAACCCAGACAAAGUUCCAUUUGUUCCCAUCUCUGGUUUUGAGGGAGAUAACAUGAUUGAGCGCUCUACCAAUCUUGACUGGUACAAGGGUCCAACCCUUCUUGAGGCCCUUGACAAUAUCAACGAGCCUAAGAGGCCAUCAGACAAGCCACUUAGGUUACCACUUCAGGAUGUCUACAAGAUUGGAGGAAUUGGGACUGUGCCUGUGGGACGUGUUGAGACUGGUGUCAUUAAACCUGGAAUGGUGGUGACUUUUGCUCCUACUGGACUGGCAACUGAAGUCAAGUCUGUGGAGAUGCACCAUGAAGCACUCACUGAGGCCCUUCCUGGUGACAAUGUUGGGUUUAAUGUCAAGAAUGUUGCUGUUAAGGAUCUUAAGCGUGGUUAUGUUGCCUCAAACUCCAAGGAUGACCCAGCCAAGGAGUCUGCUAACUUUACAUCUCAAGUGAUCAUCAUGAAUCACCCUGGUCAGAUUGGGAAUGGAUAUGCCCCUGUUCUUGAUUGCCAUACCUCCCACAUUGCUGUUAAGUUUGCCGAGCUUCUUACCAAGAUUGACAGGCGUUCAGGUAAAGAGAUUGAAAAGGAGCCCAAAUUCCUGAAGAAUGGAGAUGCUGGUAUCAUUAAGAUGAUUCCCACCAAGCCCAUGGUUGUUGAGACAUUCUCCGAAUAUCCUCCACUUGGCCGUUUUGCGGUCAGAGACAUGCGUCAAACUGUGGCUGUUGGAGUCAUCAAGGCUGUGGAGAAGAAGGAACCCAGUGGAGGAGUUAAGCCCACCAAGUCAGCUUUGAAGAAGAAGUGA